UAAGAGACACAAGUACAGCAGCUCCUCGCAGAGACAGCUUGCAGCCAAGGGACACUGAAAUCCUGAAUCCCAGGACUGGCGUGUGGAUCCGAAGCAGACCAGCGUGGUGAUUGCAGUUGUUUCAGGAGUGGGAACCCCCUGUCCAAGGAUGAGCAAGCCCUAUCCAGAUGAGCCCAGCAAGGACCCCAGCGCACCCCCUCCCGGCUGGGACCCCGCGGUCAAGGCAGGGGCUGCGUACCCCCCUCCUCCACCCUACCAGGAUAACCCCAUGCCGCCCGGAGGGUACCCCAUGCCGGCUCAGCCCUACCCCCAGUACCCCCAGGGCACCACGGUCACUGUGCAGCCCACCAUCUAUGUGACCCAGACCCCGCUGGCUCACCCGCUGCCGGACUAUCUGGGCUACUCCAUCUUCACCAUGCUGUGCUGCUGCCUGCCCCUGGGCAUCGCCGCGCUGGUGUACUCCAUACUGACCCGUGAAGCCAACCACCAGGGCAACCAGGAAGCUGCGCAGAGGAACUCCAGACUGGCGCGGAUCCUCAACCACACCGCCCUGGGCAUCGGCAUCGCCAUCAUCAUCCUGUACAUCAUCUACUUCACCGUCAUCGUCGCCCACUGAGCUGCUGCAGCGCUGCCCUCCCCUCCGCCCUCUUUCUCAUUUCAGUAGUCCUGCUUCCCUCCUCGUCCCGUAAUCCCCGAUUCUCCCCUCCGACCCGGCUCAGCAGCUCAGCUCCGCUCCAGCGCCCCCUACUGGCUGCAGUAGGGCACUGGUUUGGCCCUGUGCCCUGGCUCUCGCGCGGACCGGGCCGGUAGGGCUGUGAUGGUAGAUGAUAGAGUCUUCCCUUGGUGCUACACACAGGGGGUGGCUGUCAGUGAAUUCUGCUGCGUCUGCACUGGGGUCUGGGGGAGUUUGUCAGUAUCCUGACCCUAAUGCCCAGCCUCAUGCUGCACCUCGUGCCUUUACUGUCUAAAAUCGGCUCCCUCUGGGGUCGCAUUCCUUUUUUGAUUUUGUUCCCACCUUUAGCUGUGCUGUGCUCAGGAUUGAUUGCCUCACGAGUCAAGUGUGUUGUAUCCCAGGGCGGCUUCCUGCCGGGAGCGGGUUGGGGAUCAGUCUCGGGGUCACUGGCGGCGCUGUGGCCCCUGUCAGAGCCGUCAGGGGGCCCAGAGCUGCCGAGGACCUCCACUUCCAGGACUUUUUGCUGUUAUUUUGGCUGCAAAACUCUCCCAAGUGCCUGUCCUGGAGGAAUCGUGGUAAAAAAAAGAUCUCCUGAGAUUACUGUGAAAAGUGUAACCCGAGUGACAGACGCAAUUAAGCAUUUCGCAAUGUUUUUAGGGCAAAGACCUCACUGACCACGAUUGAACUGUGAGCACCUGACUCUCUCAAGUGCUGCGCCUGCAAUUGCAGGACAGAGCGACUGUGCUGUAGUGCUGCAAUCAGCACAGCCCUAAUUCGCUUCAUUCUGAUCAUAAAAAACAAAGAGUUGGACAGGAACGCGGUGGUGUAACUCUGAAAGCGCGUGGCCUCCCCAGUCUUAGUGAUGGUGUGAGACUGAAGUCUGCUCUACUGCAUUCCUGUUCCACAGUCAGAGUGCCCACGGAUUUCCACAGUAAUCUCAGCAGAUAUUUUUGACCCGUUUUAUUUGAAAAAGGUUUUUGCGCUAUUGUGCUUUACUAAAGGGAUGAAGAUGUUAAUAUUAUCAUUGUGAUAAUUUAUAAGCCAAAGCAACUCUUUCUCCCUCAUUUUACACAAAAGCUUGAAGUGGACUCUGAUAUGACAUUCCACAACAGCUGAUGAAACUGUCCCAGUAUGGGUUUCCAGCCUUGGUCCUGGCUAGUCUGAGGGGUCCCCUCUCAUCUGUGAGCUAUUGAGAAAUAAUUCAGUUCAACUCCUUGCCUUAAGGGCAGAACUUAAAUCUUAGUCUUAAAUCCCCUCUGAAUGGCUUCCUUCCUCGACAGCCUUAGAAUUGGUAAUUUAACGGAGGCCUCUACAAACCCCGCUGGACUGGGGCUCUCUGGGACCAGGGCUGGGGACCCCCUGUAGUCUGGAGGUCAGAGGUGUUUCAGCUGAGUCCCUGCAGAAACACCCGCAGGAGUCUGCGCGUAUUUGGUGUGAAGCCGACGGCACAUUGCUACUUGUACAAAAUUGCAUUGGAAUUGCACUUACUGGCAGUGCUGUUGCUACAUUUUAGAUUCAAAGUGGUUCAGGCUUUCAAACAGUGUUUGGAUGUUUGCCUCCCUUUCCUCCACACUUUGCAUCUUUUUGGGUUUUGCGACUCAGUACGAUUGUGAUAGCGGAGCAAAGCGUCACCCUGUACCGUUAAGAGAGCUUACCGCACAGUUACAUACCGUGAAUGUAGCGUCGCAAUUGUGUUAAGUGAGCCUGGUAAUACUGCAGGAGGAAACUGAAAAGAACGCGUCUGGUAAAACAGAGGGCCGCUAAACCAGAAAACCAAAUUCUCGCACGUCUGCCUGAGGGUACGAACACGAUCAGAGCUCACGACCGCCCGGAGGUACGAGCCCUGCCCAGCGUGUGCUGCUGUGUACAAACGGGACCGGUGUUCGAAAGCGCUGACACCAGAAACCGGUCGGAGCAGAGGCGUGUGUCUUUACGAACACGGCCUAUCUAGGCCAGGCGGUAGCUGAUCCGAGUGUCUCAUCCAUUCCUUGAAAAGAAGCCAAGCUCCCUCGAGUCUCUGUGUGAAAGGGUUCGUGUGAAUGUCGCUCCCGUUUCCAAGGUAAUAAAACUGCUUUUGUGUCCUCCGUUUUCUUGGGACAGACCAGCGUAAUGUCACCAGGCUGGCGCAAAGAUGUUUUUUGCUAUCGAUAUGGGGGUUUAUAUGAGGGUAGACGAUCUGGGUUCCAGGUAACGCAGCCCCGCUUUAUAACUGACCGCGAUACUGCGCUUCAUGCCGCCGGCGUCUUGGACAACUGAUUGAAUUUCCAGUAUCUACGCAGUAAUCGAAUUAAUCAUGAAUGAUGCGGUACAGUCUUGGCUCAAAUAAUAUUCUGCUGGUCAUAAACCCUUUAGCGUAAUUACCCCGAAAACCCAGUGCACGCAGCCGGUUAUUAUACAUUAGAUUUAAUUUUGUUUGUUUUAUUCGAUGCGAUGCGGAUGAAACGUGAUGCAAUAUCAUUACGAAUGAUGUAAUAUAGAUAAACAUGUAUAAACCUAAAGAGCCAAAGUAAAAAACAUACAUCAGGGUUCAGAAUCCCUUAAUGCACAUGCACACGUUGUCAUGACAGAUACGCUGGGGGCAGCGCUGUGGUACAGUAUGGCGCAAUGUCGUGAAAUAGGACUCUGCACCAGACUGAGCUCACCGGGUCGCUUACACGCGGCCCAUAAGACCUGCAAACCGAGCUGGGUCGAACGGGACGCGAACAGUAGACGGGGAGCGAAAGCAGGAAACCACUUCAUGGAAAUAGCAAAUACCACUUUCAUAAAAUAAAUAAACUAGGCGGCCACUAAUAUAAAUAACUUCAAAGGGAGCAACUUGUGAAAGAGCUUGCGCUGAAGAGGAUUCCUCUUGUGCGAGGAUCUUGUCCUGGCGUGGAUCCACAGGGGUGAAUAUGUUGCCUGCCUGUUUCUUAAUAACUUUUGAAAAAUAGAGAUUCUGUAUAUGGUAGAUCUGUAUGUAUACAAAUAUAUCAUAGUUAACGCCAUUUACCUGUUGUAUUUUCCAGACGUCUACUGCUGUCUCUAAGUCUAGCCUCCUAUAUUCUUGUGUCUGAGACCUGUCAUUUCAGUCCACAACUGGAAUUGUUAACCAAAUACGGCAUUUUACAAAUAAACGCUAUGAGACAAAAACCCAA